UAUGUGUGGUUGACAAGACUUGGUGAGGAGAAAAUAGACUACUCCAUCUGUCUCAAAAUCUGCCCUGCUGCUGACCUACACUCUGGAGACUUUGCUCAGCCUGUGGUCACAUGGUGAGGGCAAACCCUUAAAAGCUCCCCAAGCUGCCGGAGAAGCCCGUCAUCUCUUGUGUGAAAGACACCAGCUGGUCUUGGUGUUCGUCCUGCUUUCUCUUCCCUGGAAAGCCUCCCAGGUACCACCAUGUCAGACAUUGAGGAGAUUGUGGAGGAGUACGAGGAGGAGGAAGAGGAGCAGCAGGAGGAGGAGGAGGAGGAGGUGAAUGAGGAGGAAGAAGUGGCUGAAGAGGAGGAAGAGAACCAGACUGAUGAAACGGAGAAGAAAGAAGAACAGGCAGAGGAGACUGAGCAUGAGGAGGAGUCCAAACCGCGGCAUAAGACAACUUACGUGCCAAAUAUUGCUCCUCCAAAGCUCCCCGAUGGUGAGAAAGUGGAUUUCGAUGACCUGCACCGCAAGAGACUGGAAAAGGAUUUCAACGACCUCCAGACGCUGAUCGAGUCGCAUUUUUCCACCCGCCAGAAAGAGGAGGAAGAGCUGGUGGCGCUGCGAAACCGCAUCGAACGCCGUCGGUCCGACAGAGCGGAACAACAGCGAGUCCGCGCCGAGCAGGAUCGUGAACGCCAAGCGCGUCUGGCCGAGGAGAGGGCGAGGCGUGAGGAGGAGGCAGCCAAAGUGCGUGCUGAGGAGGAGGCAAAGAAGAAGAAGAUCUUCUCCAACAAGUCCUUUGGCAGCUACCUGCAGAAGGUGGACCAGAAGAAGGGCAAGAAGCUGACGGCACGAGAGGAGAAGAAGAAGGCCCUGAUGGAGCGCCGGAAGCCACUGAACAUCGACCAUCUGAACCAGGAGAAGCUGGCCGAGAAGGCGCAGGACCUCUGGCAGUGGCUCCACCAGCUGCACGCAGAGAAGUUCGAGCUGGCUGAAAAGCUCAAGAGGCAGAAGUACGACAUCUACGUCCUGCGAAACCGAGUCAGUGACCACCAGAGGGGCUCCAAAGCUUCCAAGACGUCCCGCGGGGCCAAGGGCAAGUCUGGCUCCUGGAAGUGAGGGCCACUUCAUCACAACUGGACAGCCAAGUUGUUUCUGGACUAUUUGGUUCCCGUUUCCAGCAUGUAUUGUAAAAUUUUGUUUGUCUGAUUGUUCUGACUUUGUGAUGCUGGUGUCCACCUUUCCACAAGCUGUGUUAGAAGACUUUGUUUCACUAUUCCACUAGAGUACACUUUAUAGUUGAUUUAUCCUCGCAUACCGACAGUAUGUUCACCUGUAGUGUUGUUAAGGAUUUGUUUCUUUGUCCUUAAUAUUGAAAUUUGUCAUCAAGGGUUCAAAAGUCCUCAGAUGAGGUCCCAAAUUUCACUUGUUUCCAAUAAAUCAGCACAUUUCAAUAUUUAAAAUGUAAGAGCGAAGUGACGUUAUUUUCAUGACUGAUCAAGUUAUUCUUCACUCUAACUCAAACUUGAGAAACCUCUUGAAACUCAUCACCGCAUGCUGAAAAAGGCAGCUCGCAGGCAGAAUUGUUCACUUUUUUUGUUGCAAUGCUUGAUUAAAUGACUGUUAGAGCUGCGUGGGUGGGGCUCUGUUAUCUAACAGGUGUUUGCACAGCUGACUUUUUAAGGAGCUAAUUUAGUCCCUGAGGCUCAGGACCGACAGUUUAAGCCUGCAGUGUUUUUAGCAAAAAGGCCCAACUGUUGACUGGGAGGUCAAGCCUACGACCCCAAGAGUCUGCACAAGUUUUACAGAGAGGUGUUUGGUGCCUUUGAGGUACUUUACUGAACUCAGAUCAUGUUC